AGCUCAUUUGUGGUCACCAAUUUAUAAGACUGCGAGCCCUGAGCUCCACCUCAUCGUCGAGCUUCCAUUUCCCUUCGACCUUCCAGAACCUUCAUUUCUCUCUUUCUCUCUCUACUUUCUCUCUCCUCCAACUUCCCCUAGAAACUUCUCUGCAAUUUUUCAUUUCUUUAUGCUACAAGGUCUAGAACUUUCCAACUAUCUCCUUCCGUUUCGUAUUUAAGCAUUUGGAUGCCGUUUUUGAUGCUUUUUAAUGGAAUUCUUGUACUCUGCUUCUCUUCCCUCUCAUUGGUUUUUCUCUCGUUUCUGUAAUUGAUUUUGAACUCUUUUUCUUUUUUGAUUUGUUGUUGUUCUUCUUCUGUUGUUGUUGUUGUUGUUGUUCAUUGUAAGAUGAUUGAAGGUGAAUGAAUCUUUUAUUCGAACAUUGGGGGGGAAUUUGUAUGGUUGAUUUAUACGCGAUUGUUGCAGAGAUGAAUCCUCUGUUUCCAGUUAAGGAAGAGUUUCCUGGAUCGAAUUCGUCGGAGACCGACAGAGAGCGAUUGGCUAUGGCUCCUCCGAUUCCGAUGGAGGGCCUUCACGAUGCCGGUCCACCGCCGUUUCUGACGAAGACGUUUGAAAUCGUUGAUGAUUUUAAUACCGAUCAUGUGAUUUCUUGGAGCUUUGGGGGAAAUAGCUUCGUCGUUUGGGAUCCUCAUUGCUUCUCCACUGAAUUGCUUCCCAGAUUCUUUAAGCAUAAUAACUUUUCCAGUUUCGUUCGGCAGCUUAAUACUUACGGCUUUAGAAAGAUAGAUCCAGAUAGAUGGGAGUUCGCAAAUGAGGGAUUUCUCAGAGGCCAAAAGCAUCUUCUUAAGAACAUAAAGAGGAGGAGGGCAACUUAUCACCACCACCAAACUCCCCAAUCACAAGCAUCGAGUGGAGCUUGUGUAGAGGUUGGUCAAUUUGGAGUAGAUGCAGAAAUGGAUCGUUUAAAACGUGACAAGCAAGUGCUAAUGAUGGAGUUAGUGAAGCUAAGGCAAGAGCAACAGAACACGAGAGCGUAUCUUCAAGCAAUGGAGCAAAGGCUUAGAGGAACUGAAAUUAAGCAGAGACAAAUGAUGAAUUUCUUAGCAAGAGCUAUGCAAAACCCAUCGUUCAUUCAGCAAUUACUCCAGCAGAAGGAGAAGAGGAAGGUGCUUGAAGAAGCCAUAACUAGGAAAAGAAGAAGGCCUAUUCAGCAAGGUGGGAAACAGAGCGGUGGUGGUAGUGGGAGAUUCUUGGGUGAAGGUUCAAGCACCAUCAAGAUUGAGCCUCUUGAAUCUGAAGAAUAUGGGUUUGGGAUUACAGAGCUAGAAGCACUUGCCUUGGAGAUGCAGGGGCUUGGCAGGGCAAGACAUGAAGAAGAGGAGGAGGAGGAGGAGGAGGAAGAAGAAGAAGAGGAAGAAGAUCAUCUACCUCCACCAGCGGAUGGUGAUAAAGUACUUGAUGAAGGGUUUUGGGAAGAAUUGUUCAGCGAAAGGUUGGAGGUAGCCAGUGGUGACGAUGAAGAUGUGAAAGUUCUGGCUGAUCGGUUGGGCUAUUUGGGCUCAGACCCACGAUAGAGCCAUCCGGCUGAGCAUCAUAUGGGGAAUUCACAAACGACCCAUUUGAACUGGAAGUCCAGAAAAGGCUUCUCCAUGUAGGCCUUUGGGGCAAUGUUCUAAGCCCCUUUAUAACCCUCUUUUGGUUUGUUCUUUGGCAGGACAAGAAGAUGAAAAGAAAGAUCGGUGCUAUCAGGGACACAGCUUUUUCUGUUUUGGCAUUAUCUUUCUAACACAAAAAUAAUCGUUGAUGCUUUCCCUUCCCCCUUCUGCAGCCACUUCCUCAUAUAUAUUUCUCUACUGUGGCUUUUGUUAGGUUUGCAGGAACCUAAUCUGGUUGGACUCAAUUCUGUGUUUAUCCUGUUAGUGAAGCCUCAAGAUCGCUCAUUCCAAAAGCUAUCAAAUUGGAAAAGAGAAAAGAUGUGUUGCUGAAUCCUUGAAGAAUCAAUCACAUGCUGUUUCGUGGUUAGCAAAACUCUCUCUUUUAUCAUUCAUUCAUCCAAACUAAGAACUUGAUAGGACUAUGAACACCAUCUAAUUUAUAUGUUCAAUCAGCCCGCUGUUCAUCUGCUGCGAGCUUUCUACUUCCCCUGUGUCAAACUGAUCUGAUAUACUGUGAUAGAUUGAGAAUUGUUUAGAUCUG